AGGUUGAUGGCAGCAGCAGCUGGGACUGCAGCGGAGCCGGCAGCUGAGAGCCGCAGGCAGCGGCCGGAACGCGCGACCCAGUGCCUGGCCCCGGACGCCUCCCUCGGCCCCCCGCGUACCCCGACCCACUCCGCAGAGGAGUCGCUGCGAGAGCACCCCCGCCCGGCUUAGGACCAGUUCACAGGAUUAAGGACCAACGUGCCUCUAGGCUCUGAUAUCCCCUGUCUUUGCUCCAGCCAUGAGCCGGCGAGUGGUUCGGCAAAGCAAGUUCCGCCAUGUGUUUGGCCAGGCAGCAAAGGCCGACCAGGCCUAUGAGGACAUCCGGGUAUCCAAGGUCACCUGGGACAGUGCCUUCUGUGCCGUCAACCCCAAAUUUCUGGCCAUUAUUGUGGAGGCUGGAGGUGGAGGUGCCUUCAUUGUCCUGCCUCUGGCCAAGACAGGACGAGUGGAUAAGAACUACCCUCUGGUCACUGGGCACACUGGCCCUGUACUGGACAUUGACUGGUGCCCACACAAUGACAACGUCAUCGCCAGUGCCUCAGACGACACCACUGUCAUGGUGUGGCAGAUUCCAGACUACACCCCCGUGCGCAAUAUCACUGAGCCUGUCAUCACCCUUGAGGGCCACUCCAAGCGCGUGGGCAUCCUCUCUUGGCACCCUACUGCCAGGAAUGUCCUGCUCAGUGCAGGUGGUGAUAAUGUGAUCAUCAUCUGGAACGUGGGCACUGGAGAGGUACUGCUGAGCCUAGACGACAUACACCCUGACGUCAUCCACAGCGUGUGUUGGAACAGCAACGGUAGCCUGCUAGCCACUACCUGCAAGGACAAGACCCUGCGAAUCAUUGACCCCCGGAAGAGUCAAGUGGUGGCGGAGAGGUUUGCAGCCCACGAGGGGAUGAGGCCCAUGCGGGCUGUCUUCACACGGCUGGGUCAUAUCUUCACCACGGGAUUCACCCGCAUGAGCCAGCGAGAGCUAGGCCUGUGGGACCCGAACAACUUUGAAGAGCCAGUGGCCCUGCAGGAGAUGGACACAAGCAACGGGGUGCUGCUGCCAUUCUAUGAUCCCGACUCCAGCAUUGUCUACUUGUGUGGCAAGGGUGACAGUAGCAUUCGGUACUUUGAAAUUACGGACGAACCACCUUUUGUGCAUUAUCUGAACACGUUCAGCAGCAAAGAGCCGCAACGGGGCAUGGGUUUCAUGCCCAAGCGGGGACUGGAUGUCAGCAAAUGUGAAAUCGCCAGGUUCUACAAGUUACACGAACGAAAGUGUGAACCUAUCAUCAUGACUGUACCUCGAAAGUCCGACCUGUUCCAGGAUGACCUAUACCCAGACACACCCGGCCCUGAGCCAGCCCUGGAAGCAGAUGAGUGGCUAUCAGGUCAGGACGCAGAACCUGUACUUAUUUCGCUGAAGGAAGGCUACGUACCCCCCAAACACCGCGAGCUCCGGAUCACCAAGCGCAACAUCCUAGACGUGCGUCCACCAGCCGGUCCCCGGCGCAGCCAGUCAGCCAGCGAACCCCCCUUGUCGCAGCAGCACACCCUGGAGACACUGCUAGAGGAGAUCAAGGCCCUUCGGGAGCGGGUGCAAGCCCAGGAGGAGCGCAUCACGGCUUUGGAAAACAUGCUGUGCGAGCUGGUGGACGGCACGGACUAGCGCUGCCUAAGUGCUGCAAAGCUCCGCACGCUGCAGACCCCAUGGAGCAGGGCGCACAGACUGGCAGCACCAGCUUUCGGUCUGGGACUCGGCACCCUGCUCCCUGGGGUAGGGGUUAGGAGUGAGACCAGAAAACAAACUCCAUCCCUCACAGGAGACCUGGACACACGGAUCUUAAGUGGCAAGGACUAAGCUCCGUACUAGGUCCCCGACUUUACGGGAUCGGGCCUAGAGGGAGCCUGGGAUAAUGGUGGCCUUAGCAAUGGUGCUUAGUGGUGAGGUGGUGUCCUCUCUGUCCCUUACCCUAGGCAGGGCAAGUGCUUAGUAUUAGUGUGCUGCCUAGGGUUUCUGACCAGCUUGGGCUUGACCUCAAACGGAUGGAGAGUCAACAGGUAUUCCGGAGUCUCAGGAAAAUCCCCACAUUUAUCCUAUCAAGCUCACUCAGUUCCCCCGCAUAGUGUGUGGGCGCAGACGGGCAACCCCCGUUUCUGUGGCCGGCACAGCCUGACCCACUGGCUUCAUCCAGCCAUCUACGGCAGAGGGUUCUCGCCUUCUUUGGCAGCUCCUUGGAGACAGACAGACCCCACCAGAGAAAUCUCAGGAGAACUGGCAUCAGGAAGCAAAUCUUAGACACACACACACACACACACACACACACACACACACACCACUGCCUCCAGCUCUCUGCUGAAUCUGUAAAAAUACUGAGGCAUAAUUAAUGAAGUGUUUUACUAAGUACAAGUCUGUGCCUCCUGCAUGGAUGGCUAAGGACUCUCCCCAUUCCUUUUGGAAUCCUGGGGACCCUAGCAAAUGCAAGCUGGGCAGCCUCCUACCCUAGGUCAGCCAUCUCGGCAUUGAGGUUCCAGAGACCCUGCCUCCCACCCACCUAGGCACUCCUUCCCAAUAAAGUUAGGUAGAAAAGCA